AUGUCGGGAGCUGACUGUGAAUUCGUUGAGCUUCACGAUGCCCCGGAUUCCGACACUUGUCCAGCUUCGGGACAAACGGAUCACACCACCUCACUGCACCAAGACGAUCCCACAGAGCACAGCAUCUCAACUCAACUUUUAAACCAGACAGUUUCCGAGCAGCCCUAUGAAUCUGCAACCACAGAUCAGUCAAUGAACCAGGACAAUCUCUCCGAUGACUUUUGGGGCUUGAGACAUCCGGCAAUGGCGGCACCCUGUGCAUCUGAGGCUGUAGCUGGAUCGAGUGCCCAUUCUAGCGUUACUCAUGUUCCACAACCAAGUCAGCACAAUUCGGGUGCGGCCGAUGAAAGUAUUGCUCAGGAAAAUCCAGCCUCUCUGACCUAUGAUUUUUUCACGACUCCAUCGCCACUCCCUUACACGGGCUGGGAAUCGGGCCCUCAAUCUGCAGGGUCAGACCAUGGUAAUACGCAUAGCAACUCUGUCAAUCCGCCAAAGAUAGGCUCGCGCUUCUCUAGGGAAUCAUCCAAGCUGUUAAAACAGUGGUUCUCAAACCACUAUCAUUAUCCAUAUCCGAGUAAAGAAGAAAUGAAGAUGCUACAACGUCAGACCGGUCUAUCCAAGACGCAGAUUAGUAACUGGCUCUCUAAUACCAGGCGGCGAGAAAAGAUGCACCACAGCACACAACGACCCGAUACGCCGACAGUUCAGACGAGGCGUAAUUACCGUACCAUGGGACCUCUUGAACGCUGGGUUGACUCUCCUCCAGAGAGUGAGCCUGCAACGGUCACUGCUAUUGCCAAUGCGGUUCAAUGUGCCGAAUCAUCACAUUAUGACGAGUCCGGCCAGUCUAUCAACGAAUCUUCAGACAACAGCUAUCGGACCUCAAGUGGCAGCUCACUUGCUUCAGCAUACUCAUAUGGUUCCAGCGACUCUGUUGCUGGGGAUUCAUGGGGUGAUCGGGUUGAACACUUGGCCGACCAUUUUAAAAUGGGCAAGACUAUGGCUAGCUGGACGGGUGAUUGGGGUUUUGAAGAUGUCAUCACAGAUACGCUCGAGAACGCCAUUCCACCUUAUCUUCUUGGUGAAGAGAGCACUAGCAUGUUUCCGUUUGAAGCAAGCGAUGUUUCUCCAGAAUCCCCCCGCUCUGCAUAUGAACUACUCGUCGUUGAGCUCUCGUCUUUUGUCGAAACAUAUCAGUACAAGACUGGGCAACUUCCUAGCCAUGACGCCAUGCAUAUCGAAGCCUGUCGCAUUAUCUUUGCUUCAGAGAUGUUGACGUUAGAAGUAGACGCCGAACCCUCAUGGCUGCGUGACCUAGUCUUGUCGAAUGAGAUGAUUGCCACGCAAGCGCAGUUUCUUCCUAUACGAACACCGUCUGAGGGAAGGCUUCGAACCCUAGAGAUUAGGGGAAAGAAGUCGCUAUUCGAAGAAUGCCCUCUUGAGGCCCAACUCUACAAUUUUGCGUUUACCGAGGCGAUGGUCAACCAGGCCGUCAUUUCCGACGCGACGUUACAUACAGAGGCUUGUAAAAUACUCACACGAAUGCAACAAGCCUUAAAGCUACCUCUAACCGAUUUCGUAUUCACAUGGUUCAUGACCCUGCUUUACUCAUCGCCGAUGAAUUGGCUCAGCCAGUUUAGGCAACGUUCGUCUCUUCCAAUCACUGAAAGUGGUGGAAUAUCUCUGUCUACGACUUUAUCCGGGCACUGGACUCUAGGGACUACAUCUCGCACAAUUCACAGUCAUUUGUAUAUCGAUACUCACGAUUUUGGAGCUCUCCAGCAAUCUAACGGAGAGGCAACCCUAGGGGCCGGACAUUAUGCGAAAGCCUCGCCCAGCGAAUCACAUUUUAUUGGGCUUAAACAUACGCCGGCAAAUGUCGGAACUGGCAUACCUUCAUCACCACAGUCAUUUAUGCCCACCAUGUUCCCUAUGAAGCAUGCGGAUGUGGGUUCACGGAGACAGCCUGAUGACCUUCUGAAAGGGGCUUAUAUGUUCCAUGAUCCCAAUUUUCACAAGUGGCUGGGCCGGGAGUUGGGCCGCUGGGUCAAGUCUAUUAUGUCUCCCAAUAACCCAAAUUCCCAUGUACCGUCCGACAAGGAGAUUCAGCAUCACGCUCGCUUUCUCGUGUAUGAUGACGGUGAUCCGUGGAACCAGACGGUGGCAGAUAAUCUAGAGUGGUUGCAUCGUUUUAAAGUCAGCGUUGGGAUUAUUCCAGAAUAG